AAGUCUUUACAAAGACAAACGGGUAUGACUAGUUGCCGAGGAAACGAAUUUGAAAAUGGUACAGUCUAUCAGUCAAAUCAUGGUACAGUCUAUCAGUCAAAAUAGCGUCUGUGCAGAGAAAAAGGAAAAAUAUUAAGUGUAGUUUGUAGGCUUUGAAAGCUGUAAUCGAAGUGGAUUACUGUCUUAAAAGUAGGCUGGAUAAGUUUUAAAAAACAGUUGGAACUAUCAAGAAGUAAUCACAACAAAAUCACAAUCAAGAAGACAUGAAAAACUCGGCAGGGACACAAACCGAUGACUUUGUUUGCUUUUGUACAAACCAAAUUUAUAUUUGCUAUGAAGAUAUUAAAUUGAUCGACAUUUCAAUGGUUGUCCAAUUGGAUGGAGUCAGUGAAAAUGGAGUUUUUGUUGCGAGAAAUUUUGAGGGAGGAAGCACACAAGCUUCAAAAAAUGUACUCCGAGUUUUAAGAGGUGUUUUAAAAAGAAAAUCAAUUUUCAAAAUGACCCCAUCAAAAAUGCUUCCAAAAGAUGUUUCAUUAACGGAUUAUCAAGAACCAAUAAUUUUAAAAAGUGGCAUUUAUAUGCGCAAAGUUACUGGUGACAUCGAAAAGUUCUUCCGCAGUAAGUGUUUUCUAGAGUGCGUUGGCAUUGCUGAUAAUAAAUCUAAUCCAGAUAGAAAUAAUAGCGUAAUUGAAAAAGUUAAAGAAGAAAAUGAAAAAUAUGAAAACCCUUUAAAAAAUUUCAAAGAACAAAAAAAUUCUAAUCCAGCGUCUGAUCCAGUUACUGGACAAGCAAACACUCAAGUUAUUUACCAUGAUCAUCCGCUAAUUAAUUCAAAAUUUCCUUUCCUUAGUGCUCAAAAUCAAGCGUCAGAGCAAAACUGUUCACAAAAUAAAUUUGGCAAUCUUGAAAAAAUUCCUUUGGUUUUGGAAUCAAAAGAAAAGCAAUGCCUUAGAGAAGAGCCAUUUUUUCCUUUUUACAACAAAAAAAUAGAAACUUCAAAAAUAACAUUUAACCAAGAAAAUUUUCAAGCAAAAAAGAACAUCAUUGAACAUAAAGUAAUGUCUUCGGAACCAUACAACCAUGCAUUAACACCACCAAACAACGGUAGACAAGGAAUAGAUUUUUCCAAAAAUUUUAAAAAACAACAGCGUAAUUCCAAAGAAUCCCAUCAUCCCAUUUUCUAUUCUUCUCCAUUAAUUAGAAAACACUUUAACCCUCAAGAAUCUUCUCCGGUCAAGAAUAAAAUGCAAAAACCUUUUUCUCGAAAAGCAAUGCCUCAAAAUAAUUUACGCAGAAAUGGCUCGCUGCAUUCUUUAAUGUCUUUAAGUUUCAACGAGUCUGACGAUGAUUUUAUGACAUCGUCUCCUCUUGAAAGUCCAAAAGCACAAAUUAACGAGUAUGCUUGUAAUGGAGUAUUUACAUAUGUUUAGAUUUAUCUUCACAAUACAUAGCCAAAAUAUCAAAAUAUGUAAAGUAAAAAAAAAUUGUUUUCAAAAAGUUUUAUAUUGGAUUUUAAUUUUAUUUUAAAAAGGACUGAACAAAAUUUCAAACAAGUUUGCUCAUUUCAAACAUUCUCGAUAAAAACUUAUGAACGAUUUAGUUUAUCUCAGGCAUUCCAAAAAGCAAAAUGUUAACUAAACCCAGUUUAUGUAUAACGAUUCAUAUGUACUUAAAAUAUAUCACAGUGCUUAUAA